AUGGCAUAUGGAAGUAUCGGGCGUCCAUCAAAUUCAAUGGAAACACAUAUAUUGAGGGAUUUAAAAAAAACUCUCAGAACGGAUGUGUUAAAUUUGGUUGCGUUGUUGCGAAACCAUCUUGACUUUGGCAUUCCUCCAAAUCUCGGAGAGAUGGAAAUAAUUUUCCAAUUCUUGUCAUCCGAGCUCUUUAGUGCUACUAUACUUUUUAGCUUUUAUGGACAGAGUCAAUAUAAGGACGUUUUUAGAAUGAUGGCUAGGUUUCACGACGAAAUCAUGGAACAGGAAGAAUUAUUGGGGCAAAUUAACAGAACUGUAUUCAGUUCAGAAGAGAUGAAAUUAAAGAUGUUUUAA